AUGAAAAAUGUAACCGAUUCUUUCGUUUUCUUGGGUCACUGGCCAUCCGCCGGGAGUUUCGGGUUUAAUACCGAUAUUUUAGCAACAAAUCUAAUAAAUCUAAGUGUAGUUCUUGGUGUAUUGAUUUUUUUUGGAAAGGGAGUGUUAAAUGAUUUAUUAGAUAAUCGAAAACAGAGAAUCUUGAGUACUAUUCGAAAUUCAGAAGAACUACGCGGAAAAGCCAUUGAACAGCUUGAAAAAGCCAGGGCUCGUUUAAAAAAAGUCGAAAUGGAAGCGGAUCAGUUUCGAGUGAAUGGAUAUUCUGAAAUAGAACGCGAAAAAAUCAAUUUGAUUAAUUCAACUUAUAAAACUUUAGAACAAUUAGAAAAUUACAAAAAUGAGACCAUUCAGUUUGAACAACAAAAAGCGAUUAAUCAAGUCCGACAACGGGUUUUCCAACAAGCCUUACAAGGAGCUCUAGGAACUCUGAAUAGUUGUUUAAACAACGAAUUACAUUUACGGACCAUCAACGCUAAUAUUGGCAUGUUUGGUGCGAUGAACGAAAUAACCGAUUAGUCCUUCUAUUCGAUUGUAGGUAUUAUUUUUUUGUUUCCAAUAAUAAAAAAAAAAAAAAGAAAGAAAUAAAGAAUUAAGAAAGACUCAUGGUAACCAUU